GCCCAUUUGCAGCGCAAGUCUUCAUGAAUUAGCAGCGAGAGGCCAAAACUGUAAGGUUCUGUUCCAGAUCCACUUUAUUUCUCUUGUUCACUUUGGACUCGCACAAAAUCCGGAUUAAGUUACGCACGGCUCCUUUAAGAAGCUGUACCGGGAUUAGAGUUACGCGCAGCGAGCCAAAUCGGCGUCUGGUGGCUUUUACGCACAGAGACACUUGCCACUCAGCACCGCCUCGCCUUUACCGGAGAGCCCCGAACGCAGCACGCCAUGGCCGAGACCGGGAAGGGGGUCACCGCCGGGAAACUGGCCAUCACGGUCCAGAAGAGGCUGAGCAGAGCGCAGGAGAAGGUUUUGCAGAAACUCGGUAAAGCGGACGAGACGAGAGACGAGGUCUUUGAGGAGAUGGUGGCCAACUUCAACAAGCAGAUGGGAGAAGGCACCAAGUUGCAGAAGGAUCUGAAAGCCUACCUGACUGCAGUGAAGACAAUGCACGAGACAUCACGGAGGCUUCAGGACUGUCUGGCCGACAUGUACGAGCCCGAAUGGUUCGGCAAAGAGGAGAUGGACGCCCUGGUGGAGGAGAUGAUAGAGAAGGAGAUGGACAAUAACUUGGAGGACACAGACACACAGUGGUUGGACUUCCAUCAGAACGUCACAGACAAUUCGGUGCUCACCAUGGAUUCCUACCUGGCUCAGUUCGCUGACAUCAAGGCUCGCAUUGCAAAGCGUGACAGGAAGAUGGUGGACUUUGACAGCGCGAGGCAUCACUUUUCCUCCUUACAGAAAGGCAAGAAGAAGGACGAGGCCAAGAUCGCCAAGCCUGCGGCCCUGUUGGAGUUGGCGGCGCCAAGCUGGGCUCAGGGUUUGCUCUCUGCCCACCAGGUGGCUCAAACUAACCUCUCCUACAACCAGGCUGAGGAGGAGCUGGGUCGCGCUCAAAAGAUUUUUGAAGAGCUGAAUGUGGAGUUACAAGACCAGCUUCCAGUGCUGUGGGACAGUCGUGUUGGCGUCUAUGUUAACACAUUCCAGAGUUUGGCGGGUCAUCAGGAGAGGUUCCACAGAGAGAUGAGCAAGCUGAGUCAAAACCUCAAUGACAUCAUGACCAAACUGGAAGAACAGCGGCAGCUCAAAAAAGAUGGUACUACAGCAGCCAAGACCGCAGCUGCUGGAAAGAGUGAAGAAGCCAACCACAGCCGGGCGGCCACCUCACCAACGAGGCCCGGCCCACCUCCCAGCCGGCCUCCUCCGUCACUGAGGCCGCAGCAUGACGAGUCGCUUGAUGACGACAUCGCCGAUGUUAACGCAGAACCCAGAACGCCACAGGAGUGCUCUUGGGACUCGUGGCAUGAGCAGACGGCGGCCGAUGAUGAGGAGCAUCCCCAAGAGCAGCUUCAGGUUGGAUGGGAUUAUAAUGCUCAGACUGACUGGGACCGUAACAACGCUCAGUUGCACAGCGAGCCCACGUGGCACGAUGAUGGUGCCAGUGUGGGUCCGGGGGGCUGGGGAGAUGAUGAAGUGCAGAGUUCUGCAUCCAACAGCUCGGAAUACGAGCUCCCUCCUGGAUUCCUCUACAAGGUCAAAGCGAUCCAUGAAUAUGCUGCCACUGAUGGGGAUGAGCUGGAGCUGACGAUUGGAGAUGUUGUGCUGGUUUUGGCCUUCGAUAACCCAGAUGAGCAAGACGACGGCUGGCUCAUGGGUGUGCAGGAAUCUGUCUGGAAACGCAGCAAAGACAUUUCAUCCAAAGGCGUCUUCCCCGAGAACUUCACCCAGAAGUUUUGAGGUUCAAGAUGCACAAUGUCUGGGAUUAAACAAAGGAAAUAUCAAAUGAUUGUUUUUUUGUGUCUGAAAAUGGUGCCAUUUACAAAAAAAAAUCUAGAACUCAUCCAAGACUAAAUUAAUCUGAAUAUGCAUUUGAAAUGUAAGUAUUCACAAAAGGUAUCUGGCACUGUUUGUAGUUCUUCACAUGUUUUACGUAUUGCUGGGUUGGAACCACAGUCUGAGUCACUUCAGGUAUGAUGCUCUAUAUGGCACUCAGUAGCAUCGUUGUACAAUGUUUGGCAGAUUUAAUGCUGAAAUCAUUUGCUCCAAUUGUGUGAGUGUGCAUGGUGUGUUGCAUAAAUGCAUGAAACAGUUGAAAACAAGGUGAUGAAACAGCGGUGAAAGCUUAUCUUCAGACGUAAUGAAUGUAGCAGAUGAAAAUGGAGCUUCUAACAUGUCUAUCUGCGUUCUUACACCAAGUCAGCCUGCAUGAAUCCAUUCUUCUAUGUGUCCAUUGUUUCCCUGCGCUGUUUUUCCAUGGGGGUGUAGCGUAUGAACACGGCUGGUGCUGGUGUCUUUUAUAUGUUACUUUUCCAUCCUCUUUUCUUGCAACAGAGCAGGCUUUGUAAUCUUGGCGGUGUAUUUAUUGUGUUUAUUGAAUAAUUGGGCACUUACACAGUUGGAGCAUUUUGGAUGAACCGGUAUGAGGAAAUGACAAAUCUAUAGUUUGCUGUUGUGAGGCAAUUCUCUCCGCGUUUUCCAUAAGCAUUUUGGAGUUCCAGCAAUAUUUUAACUUUGAUUUUAGUUUGCUUUGUUGUCUGUCAAACUCGGGUGUGUUCAGACUCGACUGCCCUCGACGAGGUUCAGCAGCUACCUACUUUUCCCCCCUUCAUGAUGGACUAUCGUAGUGAUAACUUUUUCCAAAAUCCCUAUUUGAAUGAUUUCCACAUGCGAGAACAGCGAAUGUGCGCGCCAUUUUAACUCUGACUUCACUUGACGUUUAUCUACAAAUAUGCUUGUUUGACCUCCAUCUACAGUACUUGAGCCAGUGGCGACUGCAACCGGAUGUGACGUCACGUGCAACCCAGCAAUUUGUAGUGAACUCAGCUAUAAAGCUUGGAAACAAGUGACCAAGGCAAGAAGUAAAGGGUGUAGUGUGUUACUGCCAGACUUUGAAUGUUGCAUAAAACAAACUUGCACUGUGAAGCCAUGUUGGGAUGACAGUGAAUGACUUGGCCCAAGACCAGUGGCCUGAAGGACUCCUCUAACUACCACUACAAGAUUGUUCAAUGAUGGGGAAAAAAGGCAUUUUAUUGUGUUUGUCAUGUCAAUAUCUCUGUUCUCGUGCAUUAAUGAUACCUAAAAUUGUAAUGCAGACGAAAACAUGAAGCAGUCACACAAUAGUUAUUAAAGAUGGAUGAAGCCUG